AUGGACACUGAGCUAAAAUGCAAUCGCUUGACCUGUCGCAAGACCAUUACCGACAAGGCCGUGGUGACGUCCCGACGGACUAGUAUUGUAGUUGACUGCGCCAAUGAACUGUUCAACGACUCGCGUCUCUGCCCGGCUUGUGAGACUUCUUUGACAGAGCCUGAUGAUGUAGUUGUGUCAACAUUAAGCCCUUCGAACGAUUACAAGACGUCUGUCCUGUCUGGAUUGAGCCCAGCCUUGAUCCUUGAUAUCUGCAGCCGGGCCAUCUCGUUCUGGCAAUACCAAACUCACCAAGAAUACGCCUUCCAGCAGGCCGUAUUUCGCAACGUGAACGCGAAAACCACAGAACUCCAGAAGCAAUUGGACAGCGUCGUACGAGAAGGUACGCAACUCAGCAAGAGGGACUUACUUGUCAGCAUACCUUGCUGCUGUAGCCAACGCCGAGAUCAAUAUACUCACCAACAAACUGGGCGGUGA